CAUUACUCGAGUAAAUGGGGAAAAUUUAGCACACACUAUCCAGACUGAUAAAUAAAUCAUAUGUUUAAAGUUACCAAAUCGACAGCCUUUUUAACUAAGUCAAUAAAUAUAAUUGAGAGAAGGUACAAUGGAACUUUGGUAGUUGCUGAGCAUAAUAAUGAAAAACUUGCUCCUAUAACUUACAAUGCUAUUAAUGCAGGGUCCAAAAUAUCCAAAGUAACAUGUUUACUAGCUGGGCAUCAAUUAGAUAAGGUACUUAAAGAUUUGGAAAAAAUAAAAGGGGUAGAAAAAAUAAUUGUGUCUGACAAUUCAGAAUUAAAGAAUUUUCUACCUGAAACCUUUGCAACAUUAGUUUUGGAACUUCAAAAAAAGAAUAAUUAUUCACAUAUAAUUUUUGGAUCAUCUUCAUUUUCAAGAAAUAUAAUGCCCAGAAUUGCAUCAAAAUUAAAUAUGUGUCCAAUUUCUGAUGUAACACACAUCAAAUCUAAUGAAAACUUUGUUAGAAAUAUUUAUGCUGGUAAUGCUAUAGUUGAUUUAACUGUUAAAGAACCCAUUAAGAUAAUGACAAUACGUGGGACGUCGUUUGAGGCUGCCCUUAAUGAAACAUCAUCAGUAUCUAGAAUUGUUGAAAAAUUUAGUUUAGACUUGAAAAAUGAAAAUUCUAAAUAUAUAUCUUCCGAAGUCAGCUCAAGUGAUCGACCUGAAUUAUCCAGUGCUAAAACAGUUAUUUCGGGAGGAAGAGGCAUGAAAAGUGCUGAAAAUUUCAAAAUAUUAUAUGCCUUGGCAGAUAAACUGAAGGCAGCUGUUGGGGCCUCGAGAGCUGCAGUUGAUUCAGGAUUUGUUCCCAAUGAAAUGCAAGUUGGACAAACUGGGAAAAUUGUUGCACCAGAGUUAUACAUAGCUGUUGGCAUAUCAGGUGCCAUCCAGCACUUGGCCGGCAUGAAGGAUAGUAAAACCAUAGUAGCCAUCAAUAAGGAUCCCGAUGCUCCCAUAUUCCAGGUGUCAGAUUAUGGCAUUGUGGAUGAUUUAUUCAAAGUGAUACCCGAAAUGACUAAAUUGGUUGGAAAAUAGUGAUUAUAAAACUAAAUUGCGCAUUGUUUUACGGAAAUAAUCAAAUUGGUUUUUUUAAAAAUAAUAAUUAUAAUGUUGCAUUAUCCAUUUUUUAUUAUAUAAUUUAUACAU